AUGUUAUUGUGUUUCAUAAUUUCUUUAUUUUGUAAUAAAUUGCAGUUCUUUAUCUUCUCUUUCAAAGAAACAGAGACUGAUCGUCAGAACCGCCCAGGCGAUGAACUCCUGUUCAAUAUUCCAGACUUCUUCCGAUCAUUAAUAUGUUGCAAGAAAGAAAGCUGGAGUUUGGGCAGCGACUCUUCACCAACUCAUCGUUCUUACAAUGGAAACAAUGCAAAGGUAUAUUUGUAUAAGAUGACGACCUUUGAUUGAGGGAAAUGUUAAUAUAUAAGACGGCUAGUGAAAUAUGGUACUUGGUACGACGGUUGUAAAAAGAUGAUAUUUUAGUCUAAACGAUAAGCGCGUCUUUUGUGAUAAGCGCGUCUUUUGAUCUAAUCGUACCUAAGCAAUCAGGCGUCUUUGCCAUCAUACAGAAGUCUAAACAUAUAAAACAAUACACUCAAUAACAAUUUUGCUUCAGCAAGGAAACGUCGUAUCUUUCCUUGUCUUAAAAAAGUUUAAUUCAGAGAAAAUUUCACCUCCCACAUUCAGCUGCUAGAGAUUGUCGCCCAAGCCUGAUUCGGCGUACCGUCCAAGCAGCUAUACUACGUUUGCUUUGAUUUUCAGGAAACUAAAAAUGGUGAAGAAAUCCAGUUGGAGGAUAUGGAUCGGUCUGGUGGACUGGUUAAAAUUGAACCGUGCUCGUGUCAAAAGAAAAAUGGGAAAUGUAGUAUCCAUGCAUAAAAUAAAGUUCUUGAAAGGUUCAAACUAUAUUCAUAUAUUAAAACUGCAAAGUCCUAUUAAAAGCGUAUACAUGCAAUACAAAAAAUGUAUAGAAAUGCAAAGAGGCUAAUUAGUUCAUCAGAAACGAUUAUGACAGGCAAUAAUACUUUUCGGAUUUGGAUAUGAUUUUCUGGACAAUUAUUACUUAAACGAAGAGUAUCUGUAUGGCAUAACACAAUAACUAAAGGGUUCGGAAAUUUUCAAAAGUUACUGCUAACAGCCGUUGCUAUGGCAACAAUGGCGUCACAACAUGGCGGAUAUGUUAUGUUUAAAGCAAUUUAACUCGAAAGAAAACUUCGGCGACCCCCAUUUUUUGUUUCAUAAAAUGAUUUCUAUUGGUAUUUUAAAUUAUUUUCAUGAUUUAAAAAAAAUUCUGUCAUGCCGAAAUUUUUAACUCCUUAGUUAUUGUGUUAUAGCAGUAGAUAGUCUUUGUUUUGAAAAAGUGUAGCGAGCCACCUUAACUGCAAUUUUACUGCCAUUACAUGACAGCACUACAAAAUAAUGUGUGUUACAUAGUGCAAUGUUUUAAUGUGUCGCAGUUAAAAUCGCCAUGUUGACAUUUCCUAUAUCAAUAAAAUUGUAAUCAUGCCAAGCAGGUUCUUUCCCAGGCAUCUUUUAUUAAGACUGCUAAAUCGUGUUUAAACUUUCUUUGCAUUUCUAUACAAUUUCUUAAAAUUGAGAUUACUGGACAAAAAGUAAGUUUACUAUAGUGAUUACUAUGCCUUUGAUACAAAUAAGUUGCAAUUUAUGAUCUGCAGAUGGCCAUCGAUCGUGCCGUUCCCGAAGUGGGCAUACAUGUGUAUCAAUGUACAUUAUACAUGCACCACACUACAGUGUAACAAAGAAAAUUUCAGUCUCCUUCAUUUAAAUUAGUUUAUAUAUUCUUGUUAAGAAUUAGAAUUAAGGUAUAUAUUGUAAAUCCGUUUACCAUUUAUCGAUUUACGUUAAUAAUCAGCUUAAAAAUCCCAGUUAGGAUUUGCAUAUCCCUGGAGUAAAAUGUAUUCAUCCAUAUUUGGUUAAACUUUAAUUUAAGGUGGUCUUAAUUUAAUUUAAUUUAAACUUUGGUUAAAC